GAAUCAGUCAAGUCAUGCUUAUGAAAGCCUGAAAGGGUAUCAUAUUGAAAAUUUUAAAACAUUGGGGUGUUAUAUAAAGUGAUAAAAUAGUAGUGGGUGCUUUUUUAAUUUCUUAAAACUUGGAGAACAGAUUCCAAUCUUGACUACUGUGUCGUUACCGAGAGGCAGCAUCGAGUACUCACCGGAAAAUGGACGCCGGAGCUAAAAUUGAUGUGGUUGAGGCGGUUGAGGACGAUUCGGCGACGGAAACUGGUCCGGAUCAAGACCACGGUGAAAGAUCGGAGUCGUCUUCGUUGAAACAAGGGGAGAUUUUGAGAACCCUUGCUACGGUGGAGAAGGAUUCUCAGGCAAUCGCGGAGAGCUUUGCGUCUCUUUUUGUUUCCCUCCGAUCAACUCUCUCUGAGGCUACUGGAAGCUCAGUUGACCACAUGAGUUGCUUUGGUGAUGCAGCAGGAAGGCUUCAGGAAAGUGCUUUAGAUGCAGCUACCAAAGGGAACCGUUACAUCAACUCUUGCCUCAGAUUAAACGAGGAAGUUAAAGGCGUUGAGAAUUUGGCGGCUCGGUUAAAGCACCUGAGGAGAAAUGUGGAUGUUCUUGACACGGCUGUGAACAAGCUUCUCCGGCCUCCAUGAGAAGUCAUCAGUUUCUUUCAAAGACUUGGAUGUUUUUUGCUUAUUCUUUCACAGACUUGGAUCACUUAUUUCUCGUACAUAAAGAUAUUGAUUUUCCCAAUCAAGGAUGACAUAUACAUCAAGAAGAGAAACAACCUUCUGUUCUUCAAGGAUCUUCUAAACAGUUUCUAGAAGUGCAAAGCUUCAUCAUGGUAUAAUGCUUCAUACACCAUCUUCAUCGUAAACUACUUGAAUCUCUAUAACAGUGUGGUUUAUCAACUAGUAUCAAUUUAGUAGCUCCUACCUUCUAGUGAUCUGACUGUUCAUGUGUGUUUCCAGUUUUUGAUUUGUAGCUAUGCCAUUUUUCGUUUGAUUUUGUUGUAUACCAAAGGAGAGAUCUGGUGCUACUCUUAAAUCCACUGUUUUACAAGUGCGCUAGUUGCAUUAAAACUCUCAACAUAUAUGUUUCCAACUUUACAUAUUUUCAA